AUGUUAGAUUACGCGUUUAUCUUAUUUGCCACUAUUCCCAUACUGUACCGGGUUCCAAAAGUACAGUACUAUGUCAAAUUUUCUGUUUUCUUCUUAUUGAUCUUUAUUGGGUCAUUUGUUUAUUCUAUCCGAUUGGCUUUCAAAGGCCGAAGAUAUGAAAAUGCUUGGAUGUUUGUAAAAUAUCUAGCAUUUUCUGGAAGGGUGGUUGGUUUAAAUCCUGUUGUCGAGGACGACCAUCUUCUGUCCGGGGAACCAUGUAUUUACGUCUUGAAUCAUCAAAGUUGCAUAGAUGUCACAGGUGUGGGCGACAUAUGGCCAAAACGCUGCUCGGUAGUUUCCAAAGCUUCACUUAGAUUCAUGGGAUUUUUGGGAAUAGUUAUGUGGCUGAGCAAGACUAUUUCCAUUGAUCGAUCCCAUCAUACUGAUGCUAUUUCUGCCAUGGAGAAAGCUGCCAUAGAAGCCAAGCAGGAUAAGGUCUCGGUUUUCAUUUUUCCUGAGGGCACAAGAUCCGAUGCCGGUUAUCUUUUGCCUUUUAAAAAGGGAGCAUUUCACAUGGCCAUCGAGUGUCAAUUUCCGAUCCAACCUAUUGUUAUUGAACCGUAUGCAAAGUUCCUUGACCACAAAAAGAAACUUUUUAAAAGUGAUACCGAUAAAUCAAUAGAAUCAGUUCAUAUUGAUGAAAAUAUCUGAAACGUAACAUGAUUAUGAACUACAUUUGAACACUCACAAAACACGAAUGUGACUACUUCUCUCAAACACAUCAAACAACAAGUGAAUAAAUUAACUAGCAUAUUCUCAAACUUUCAUGAUACAUACAAACAAUGUAAAAUAACUGUACAAUAUAUAAAAUGUAAUUACAACACGCAACAUGAAGUUGUUACAAAAGAUCAAAAAGCAAAACCAUUUCAUUACUUUAGAGUAUAAAACCAUAACAACCAUCUAAUAUUCUUUGAAAUAAAAAGAAAAUAAUAAUAAUUUCUACCAAAAUAUGUCACUUUUCAAUCAGUAUUAAUUAUAGGAAAAACCUAUCAAAUUAAACUGAAAUCAAUCAAUCAAUAAAAGAUUGAUAGAUUUUCAGAAAAUUUCUAUUUUGUAAAUUGUUUUAAAUUCAUAUUGAUGCAUAAUUUGAAAUGUUAUUGGUUAAUAACUCUUCAAUAAUACUAGUGAGGAACUGUGACCAGUGGAGUUCAACCAGAUCUGUUGUGAGAUAGUAAAUCAUUAAAGACAAUGAUGGACGGUGGCUCAAUUUUGUGAAUUGGUUGAAGUUAGACAUUGACACCGUUGGAUACCAGCUCAGUGAUCUAGAGGUUGAGCGUUCGCGCGCGAGACUGAUAGGUUCUGGGUUCGAGUCCCGUGAGCAUGAUCGUGGACGCGUACUGCUGAGGAGUCUCACAACAGGACGAAACAGCCGUCCUGUACUUCUAGGUUUACCAUUGUGGAUUCAUGAAUUCAACUAUAG